GGAGGGUUGUUUGUGCCUUGUUCAUUUUCUAUUAUGUCCCUUUCUUUUUUUUUCCCCUUGAUACUCUGUUUCCUCAUUACAAGCCGCGAGCGGCAGGCCUCACGAGAGUACGUCUGUUCAUGCCUUCUCAGAAGAUACCGCACCAAACGACCACAGUUGAUGAAUCUUGCUAUUUUUAACCCAUUCCACGCGAACUGUCUUUGCUCGGUUCCUGACGUGUUCGUAUCGAUUCUUUCUUUUCCUCACAUUUUUUCCUUAUGAUUUUUCUAUGAUUUCCAUGCUAUCUUUCUAUUAGGUUGUUCUGGGUCAUCGGCAUUGAAUUCCCCCGGCGGGGCGAAGGGACGGUGGCCGCCGGGGAAAUCGGGGCCGGGAGGGGCGGAAACGACCCGGCGAGACAGCGAGGCUGAGCCAGCCCUAAAGGUCCUUUUUCUUGGGGAUGGACAUGUGGGCAUGUGGACUUGGUGGACAUGGUGGACAUGGUGGACUUGGGGGGGAAUGGAGGGGCAACCAGGUGGCAAGGAGCAUGGACAGCGGAGUUUCUGGAAAUGGGAGCUGGAUGCUUAUCCUUGCAGACUCAUGGAUCACGAUAGAAAAACCUUCCAUCAAAAGGGGAAGCUAUAAUCUCAAGUGAUCCUUUUGAAAGCGUUGGGGUCCAGAUGAUCGUCAUCUCGAAGCGAUAGGGCGCCCUGGAUAGGGGUGGACAUGGU